AUGGUGCGCGAGUCUCUUAAUCGAUGUACGAUUUUCGCCAACCUGACCCACUGUGUUCCUCCUAGCUCUGAGGCGGAGGGGUACAAGAACCAGCCUCGCCUCCAAUGCGCUGACUUUGACUCCGUCCUCGACUCGGUAUUCCUCGACGAUGGAUCGGCGGCGCUUCAUGAAGCGGCGGACUUGAUCGGGCGGCGCAGAGAUCUUCAGCCAGGAAUGCGACCGCCGGAGGGAGAGCAGCAGACCCAGAGAGGCGAGCUCGGGACUGACCGAGAAGAUGGUCAUGAAACACUUGAGGUGGAGGAAGUAUGCGGCCUUCUCUGCAGCCUGCGCCGCCAAAGAGAUCUGCUGCAUCUGCGAGGUAUGUUCAGGGAGAAGACGGACGGUUGGUGGCCGCCCGCUGACCAGCCCAGCUGCUUCUCUGACGGCUCGAUGUGUCUUUGUGUCUGGCAGGAGGAUUAUGGCGAGGGUGACAACGUCGGGAUGCUGAGCUGCGGGGACGGCUUCCACUUCGUCUGCGUUGGGAGAUGGCUGAGGCAGAGGAAUGCCUGCCUGAUCUGCAGGAAGACGGCCCUCCUAUCCAUCGUGUGA